GUCUUUCAGAUAUGCUACUGAAUUCAUAACUAGUGUCAUUCUUGUUUCAUUUUCUGUUCAUAUUAUUCAUCAUGGCUCAAGUACCUACAUCUAAUUCUCUCAGUAUUUUGGUUUCUGAUGAAGGUGUCAGAAUCCCAAUUGCUCUUCAAAGUAAAAAUAAUAGAAAAACUUUUGAAACUGUGCAAACACAAGCUGUAGAUUCCAUCAAAGGAAUGACUUUGAGUAAAGUUGAAAACCACAGUUUAGACUCUAAUAAUUCUUAUAUUAUUUCAAACUCAUCUACAAGAAGUGAGGAAUCAAUGGAUUUGAUGAGCUCAUAUGCAGGAGAAUUGGCCACUGUCCAAAUUGUUUGUGGAGAUAAACACCAACCUGGAUUUCCUGCCUCACAAACCAUCAUCAUGACUGAUGGCCAAGCAUUUGCAUCUAAUAAUCAUACUUCUUCUAAUGCUGGCUGUCCAAUAAGCAUAGCCAAUGAUGUCCAACACCAUGGCUUAAAGAUUGAAACACAAUCAAGAUCAGCAAACUCACAUACAGACCUAUCAGUUCAUGGUUCUCUUGAGUCACAUGAAAACAUGGGUGGUGGCAGUGUUAGCAUCACAGAAGCUGAAGAAGAACCAGGGCUGGAAGAUGUUGCCAUUACAGAAGUGUGCUCUGAUGGAGUGCCAUAUGACCCCACCAAAGAUCUUUAUGAUCCUGCUGAAGUUUUAGUUCCACUUUCAAAUACAUCAGAUGCUAGCUCUGCAUAUGUAUCAGAUAGUGUACUGAAUCAAGCCAAUAUACAAAAAUUUAUGAAGACUCAUGGUUAUGAAGAUGUUUUAAUGGAAGUAAGUGGAGAACGAUACCAGGCUUACUGCCGGGCCUGUGAAGUUGUGGUAAAUGUCAAGUGCUUGCUGGAGCUAGAAAGGCAUGUGAACACCAUCCGGCACCAAACCAAAGUUGUGCAACAAGAGAUGUCGCCAUCAAAUAAUCAGUGGUCAGAAGACUCCUGUCGAGCACUCAUUAUGGCUGUUAAGAAGCACCACCACCGAUUCCUGGAGCGGCAAGCACCACGGUCACCCAUAUGGGCUGACAUACUGCAGGAGAUGCAUGAGAACACCACGUGUCAAGUUGACGUCAACCAAUGCAGACACAGAUGGCUGACGCUUAAGGGCAACUAUGAGGAACUCAUCAACAACAUCAAGGCCGAGAGUGAUGGUGCUGACUCCACAAUUAGUAUUGCUGCCAAAAUAGAAGAUUGGCCUGAGCUCAUGCAGCUCAUGCACGAGGUUCUUGCCCCUGUUGCUGAUGACGAUGAUGACAAAUUGAAUGAGAGUGGUGCUGUGACAUCUUCCUUGUUGGACUAUCAGGAACUUAUUGAGGAUGGAGACUUCAAGUGGACAGAAGAAUCGGAGGAGGCGCUGCUGUCGCUCCUGGAGACCAACUCGUCGGUCAUCACAGACACUGGCAGCGUUGAUGGUGCUGGAUGGGCGGCGUUGAAGGAGGCUCUUGCAGACCAAGGAUUUGAGCUGUCAACAAGUCAACUACAACGCAAAUGGGACAACCUGCGCACCGGCCACUGCCACUACGACCAGCUGGCGCGGCGUCACGGCGCUACCAUCGUGUGGCAGCACUACAGCAGACUGGACAACCUCCUGCACCACGUCGACCUCGUGCAGGAGCAGGGACAAGAUAGCGAUGAAGACUUCGACCCCACGCGCGCGGGAGUUGAUCGAGGUUCAGGUUCGUACCGUCGAUACAGAGGCCGAGGUCGCGGUAGAGGGAGAGGCAGAGGCCGACGAGGGCGACACCGCAGAUACGCUCUUGAUUCUUCACCUCCUCCUUCGGCGUUACGAAGAAUACCAACGGGCAGUGCGCAGUCUGGUUCUGGUCGUCAGCGGCCGCAGCGUUCCACUGCCGGCCGGCAUUAUAAAUACGAGAGCGAUUCUGCCGAACACGAGCUCGAUGAAGCUGAGGAUAACGAAGACACUAAAGACGUGCUGUCUCGCAUCAAAGAGCGACAGGUGAAAACCUCUCCAAAUCACACAACCGAGGAAAAAGUUAUGGUUGUGGAAGAGAGUUUUAUAGAACAGCUUAUUGAACGUAAGGUAAAUGAACGAUUAGAACAAGCUUGGAAUUUUAGAAUGAGUCAUUUAGAGCAGCGUAUUGCUGAUUUAGAAAAUAAAAUAAUUGGCGUGCGAGUAGAGGAUGUCACUGAAGAUAAUUUUGCGGAAAUCGACGCUGAAUCUAUGCCUCUUGAAGGAAGUUAUACUGAUAGCACCCACAGCGUCACUCUCCCUCACGUCCAUGUCAACUCCAACGUCAUAACCUUACCCUCAGACGGUAAUAUCACCUCUUUACCACACGUCAUGAAUGACUCUUCUUCAACCGAAUCCCAAGUGCAAGUGACCGCUUUGAGUGACGAUCGACACGCAGGUGAGGCCUUCACGUCGGACAGCAUCGUGAUCUCCGCACCUCAGCAAGCCUUAAUGGGAUCACACAACACUCGCGUUCACGGUUUUAUUCCUGGGCACAACUCUGCGGGUACCCACACUGUCAUUUACGCCCCGUCGUCCCUUACAGAGACCGGACAGACCGUUAGCGUGCCCUUCAAUGGGCAACAGCACAUCACACUCUCCAUAGGCAACAGUCUCGCUCAGUCCCUUCAGAACUCUUUAGAUCAGACCAGCUCUGCCUUAUCUAACCAUGCUGGUACUAGAAGCAUAUUCCUGGCGACACAAAGUAAUGGGGCAGCCGUCCCUGCCACUCACGCCUUAUCUCCUCUAAUUCCUGCCUCUAAAGCCAUCGAUGGUUCCUCACUUGGCAUGGCGCAGGGGCAACAGAAGAGGCAACUCGUCAGUCUCCAACAAUCUCCACAACAGCUGCCCAGAAAAAAAGGACGUGUUAAAUAGAUGAAUCUCUUUAAAUAGUUGUUAAGGUUAAUCAUUCUAAAUAGUUGUGUAAAUUCCUCGGCAUUUUGUACGAUAUACUUUAAAUAUUGUGUUAUUUCUUCAUUUAAGUGCAUGAUCCGAGUUUUAGGCCGUCGUUAUAAAAUUGUCGAGAAAUCAUUUUUUCCCAGAAUAGAAUAAUGUCUCAAGGUGUUUCGAAAGAUCAGAACUUACUCAAAUAUUGCUACUAUGACCACGCUAUGCUAGGUUUGGACCUUGGUCGCAGUACAUUUUUUUCUGAUGUACACAUUUUUUUCUAGGUAGACUCAUGCACGGACCAAUUUAUAAGCAUGAGUCAUUAUUAGAUAUUGAAAUUUAAUAGAAUGGUUCGUUUAAUUGACUUGAUUGUUGUUUCAUCAUGGUUUGAAAUUGUUUAGCUGGUUAUCUGUUAAAAUAGUUCUAUUCUGUUUGAUGAUCGUUAUCUAACCACAGGAGACGGCGUCUUCGAAAGUACAAGAGAAGUAAUUAUAGUUAAUCCUCGCUGUGAAUAUCUGCUUCACGCGUACGGAGACAAAUGUAUAUUAUAUAGUACAUUUUUAUGCAGUUAC